ACGAGGUGUCUUCCUUGUUGCUAUGGCAGCCUGGAGCAGGGGCCUGGCCCAGCUGCAGCUUGCGCUCCGACUCCUGCCAGUGACCAGGUUUUGGGGACGGAUUAAGCCCCCACCAACGUUCUGGUUGCCUUGGCAACAGGGGUGUGGUGCCUGGGUGAUUGUGGCACUGCCAGGUGGUUGCUAGGGACGUGCCCUGGUUGCCCAGGAUGUCGCGACCCCAGGUCAUCCACAGUGGCCACUUCAUGGUGUCGGAGCCGCACGCUGACCCCGAGCCGGACCCGGGGGGCAGGACUGCAGUUGGGAGCAUGGCGGAGCGGGUGGGGGCCGUGGAGCCGGGGGCUAGCAACCGGCGGGAGGGGGCUGGGGCAGGCAAGGGGGCCGCAGUGCCCGGGGGCGCCUACGACUUUGACACAGUCGACGCCUGCACGUGCCGGACCUACCGCUAUGGGCCUCGUAGCAGCAGUGCCCUCAGCAUCGACGCCUCUCUCACCAAGCUCUUCGAAUGCAUGACGCUCGCCUACAGUGGGAAAAUCGUGUCCCCCAAAUGGAAAACGUUCAAAGGCCUGAAGCUGCUGCCGCGUGACAAAAUUCGGCUCAAUAAUGCCAUCUGGAGGGCAUGGUAUCUGCAGUAUGUGGAGAGGAGGAAGAAUCCUGUGUGCAAUUUUAUGACGCCGCUGGAGUGCAGUGACGGGGACGACCACCGCAAACCGGAACCCCACCCUGCCCUUGCCUUGCAGGCCGUGAUCAUGGAAGGGAAGUACUGGAAGCGCCAGAUCGGAGUGGUCAUUCGGGAGUAUCACAAGUGGCGGACAUACUUCUGCACACAGGUCCAGAAGAAGAAAGAUAAACCUGAGUCUUUAUCCACCCAGGGAGUGGCUCAUGCUGCCCCGGGCGAGGGGCUUAGCAGUGAGGCCAAGGGCAGCUGCCCCAUGGAGCUCGACCUGGACACCCUGGACAGCCUCAUCUCUGACCUGGCCGACACCAUCUUCUACAGCCGCAACCCAUAUGGGGGGCCCAACCCCCGCAGCCUUGCUCACCAAGGCAAUGCGGACAUGAUUCAGCCCACCCUAACCCAGCUGCAUCCUAACUUUGAAGAAGAUUUCAUGGACACCCUGGACCCCAUUCAUGACAGCCCGGCCAGCUCUCCCUUGGGGGCCGCCAGCCCCAGCCUCCAGCGGCUCAGCUGUGCCUCCUCUGGCACCUCUAGCGCCUCUGACUCCCUGAAACUCCUCCUGUCUGUCGCUCAUGUAGCCGCUGCCAAGAAAGAUUUCUUUGCUGCCUGUCGCCCCCAGCCUGUGACCCAGGCCUCCAUGCUGCUGCCAGCUGCUGCCCCACUGGGCUCUCUGUCCAGCACUUGUGACCCGGACGUGACCACACACACUAAGGAGCUGCCUCUCCACAGGAGCUCCCUCACCCCCCUUUCCUUCCCCCUGGACCUGGAGCCCCUCACACCCCUGAACGGGCACCAGACCUUCCUGCCGCUCUUCCCCACCUCCCCGCUGUGGGUCAGCCCGCCCCCGCCCGGCCCUCCCACGCAGCACCCCCAGCCCACCCUUGUCUUCUCUGUCAUCACCCACACGGCUGCUGAAAAGCCCCCUUCACCCACCCAACACCCUCCUUUGCCCGGGGGCACCUUUGCCAUGCCUGUGUCUGGACCCCUGCCCAACAGGGCAAGGUCCCGGCAACUGCAGCACAUUGCCCCAGCGCCCACUGCCACCCACCCCCCAGCAGCCCCCAGUGCCUUCCUUACCCACCUGCUCGUAGCAGGCCCAUCGCCACAGCCCCUCGCUCCAUCCAGGGACUCUUCCCAGGUCUGCGCUCCCCUGGAGCUCCCUGCAGGUGUCCUGCUGAUGGAGAAGCCCAUCCAUCCUCACUCUGUCACUGCCUCCUGCAGCACUGAUGCCAAGUCUGAAGACAGAGCUGAGCGCCUUGGACCCCACACUUUCCACCAGCCCUGUAGCCUCCCCAGCACCAAGGGCAAUCGAAGAGCUGGCUUUACCUCUGCUGACCACGCCCGGCGCAUGAACAUCAGCUGCGCCUUCGACACCCUUGCCAGCCUGGUGCUGCCGGGCUUGGCCCAGCCCAAUGUUAAGCUCAGCAAGGCCAUGCUGCUGCAGAGAAGCGUGGUGUACGUGGGGCGGCUGCAGCAGGAGCGCCAGCAGGUGCAGGAGAUGGCCCGCCGCCUGCGGGGUGAGAUUGAGGAGCUGAGCGCUGCCAUUGGGGAGUUCCAGCGCCAGCUGCCCCCCAGCGGGAUCCCGGUUGCCCCUCCGUGCUCAGACCACACAGGCCAGCUGUAUGACGACUAUGUGCGCCAGCGCACCCUGCAGAACUGGCGCUUCUGGCUCUUCAGCAUGCUCAUCAAGCCACUAUUUGAGAGCUACAGGGUGGCGGUGACCACCCGCAGUGUCAAGGAGUUCUGCCAGUCGGUGCUGGGCUGGCUGGAGCAGCACUGCGCCUUGCCUAUGCUACGCCCUGCUAUCUCCAGCUCCCUCCUACAGCUCAGCAAGCUCACGGCCAUCCUCACCCAGCCCUCGCGCCUCCCCGAGCAGGCCCUGCAGGCCGUCUGCCACCCCCCGCACGGCAAGGGCCACAGCUAGUGGGCCCCACCGUGCCUCGUGAGGACAUCCCGAUGCCACCUACCUGCAGAGAAGAGAGGAUGGCAAGGACUCGGACAUCUUCGCCUCCUGGGUGCUGCUCCACCCCACCAUGGGCCCAGAAGCAUCUGGACGGACAUGCGGGGGCUACAGUGGGCCCUCUGUAACAGCCCUAGAGGGGGGAGGCUGAUUGAUCCACAGAGGUGGAAUUGGGGGGCUCAUAGCUGGGCAUCACUACAGAGUGAAAUGGGAGGGCCCUUCAGAGCUGGGGAUCGCGUUAGCCCCCACUGACAUGGGAAUGGGGUGGCUCAGAGCGAGAUUCCCCUGUAGCAUCCAUAGAGAGGGGGAUCUCUCAGAGCUGGGGAUUCCCCUAUACACCUCCAGUAAAGGGGAGCUGGAGGGAUGAGUAGAGGGUUCCCUUUAGAACCCCCCCAUGGGGGCAGGGGGAUGCUGGCAGGUCAUGACUCUGUUUGGACAGUGAUAGCGGGAGUUGUAUUAAACCCCCAGCAUGUGGGACUGGCCAGUGCCUCAGAUCUCUCCUUGCAGGGGAAAAUGGGGGGAAUGGACAAGCAGGGAGCAGCUGGAGACACCUGCCCUCCCCAGCUUGCCCACCAGAAGGCACUAAAGUGCUGCUAAGGCAGUGGGCCAGCCAGGGGUCAGGGAUUAAUCCGGGCUCUUCCUUUAGUCUCAGCCAGCCCCUGCUCUAGGAACCGUCAAUGCCUAUGGGAUGGGGGCCCAGUUACUGCAUCCUACCUGCUCUCCCCACCCCCAGUGUCUCAACCCCGCUCCUGGGCCCCCAGGCAGCAGCAGAGUCACCUGCCAGAGCGAAGCCCCAUCCCUGCCCCCUUGGGAACCAUUAGCCCCCUGUGGAGGUUUGAUAGGCACCCAGGCCUCGGGAGGUGAGGGGGGCACACAAGGAACUAAUCUCAGUGAUUGACUUGUGAUAGCUGCUGUGCCUUGUGGGAAUGUGGCUCCCAGCAGGAGGGACUGGGGCAGGAGCACUGGCUGUGGGGGGAAGCUCCUGGCUACACCAGUCCCAGCCUGUCCCAGCAGAAGGCGCUGCAGGAGGUGGCAGGGGGGCAGGUAGCACCAGGCGGUGCUAAUGGGCCUGGCCUGGCCUGGCCUGGCCCCAGGAGGAUGAGUUGCUCUGGUUUCCUUGCAUGUCUCUCUGGGGUUGCCUCUGCCCUUUGCUGACACAACCACUCUGGUCAGAGAUUCAGUCCCACCAAGGUGCUGCAGCUGCUGGCUAUCCACAUGGGCCCAUGGCAGCUACCCAGCUCUGAGCCCUGGGCGCUAGGGCGACAGCUCCCUGCUGGGGUUGGCAACAUCCCCAAACCCUGCCCCCUUCCAGGGCUCCCUUAUUGCUGAGCCCACCACACUGGGGUGCUGGGUCCUUCUACUCCCCUUCCCCCUCACACAGCUCUGAAGCGCCUUCCUCCCCCACCCCCAGCUAACCUCAUGAUGCUUGCUUGAUGGCAGUGCCUAGGGAACUGGCAGGCCUGGGGAGGCAGACCUGGGGUGUGGAGCGGGGGGAAGCCUGCUCCCUGCUUGCUGUCUCAGUUUCCCCGUGGUGCAGAGGGCAGAGGUUGGGGAGAGAGUACAUGGUGAAUGUUUAACCCCAAAGAGCCCAGCCUGGCCAUGGAGGGAGAUAGCUCAGCUCAGCCCAUGGAACUGCACUGGGCAAGGCCAAGAGCCAGCAGCCAUCCCCCAGGCCUCCUGGCACAGGGGGCCCUCCAUGUGCUACACCCUGCAGGCACAGUCCAGGCCCCCAGCUGGGAAAGCCUCUGUCUCCCUUUCCCCAGAGCCAGCCCGUCGCCUACUCUGCAU